AUGUCCUACAACUGCUCCAUGAGGAACUGCUCUUCCAGGCCAAUUGGAGGACACUACACUGUCCCAGUGGCCCCAGUUGCCACAGCUUCUACUCAUGAUGCCGACUGCCUGAGUGGCAUCUGUUUGCCCAGUUCCUUCCAAACUGGCUCCUGGCUCCUGGACCACUGUGGUCAGGAGACCUGCUGUGAGCCUCCUGUCUGCCAGCCAACAUGUUACCAGCAAACUUCUUGCAGCUCUGGCCCUGGAAAGGUGACCUGUGUCUCCAACCCCUGCUCAGCUACCUGCAGCCGGCCACUCACCUUUGUCUCCAGCAGCUGUCGGCCCGUGGCCGGCACCUCUACUGUAUGCCAACCAGCGGGAGGAGUUUCCUCUGUCUGUCAGCCAGCCUGCAGUGUCUCCAGGACAUACAAGCGGUCCUGUGUGUCCAGCUGCCGAAGAAAUUGCUAA